AUGGAGCGGUUACCCGGCUUCAAUGUCGCCAACUUCCUCGAGAAGCGCCAGCUUCUCAUCGCCAUCAACUGCAUUGCAGCCCUGUCCAUCUUCUUCUUCGGCUAUGACCAAGGAAUGAUGGGAGGUGUGAACAAUGCCAAAGACUACAUCAACCUGAUGGGCUUCGGUUAUGUCGACCUUGUGACCGAGGAACCAAUCAUCACGAACAGUCUAUUGCAAGGUGGCAUCGUGUCUGUAUACUACCUGGGAACUCUGUUUGGAUGUCUCCUCGGGGGCUGGGUGGGUGAUAAGAUCGGCAGAGUCAAGACUAUCGCUGUAGGUGCCGCGUGGGCCAUCGUCGGCGCAUGCCUGCAAUGCUCGGCCAUGAAUCAUGACUGGAUGAUCUGUGCUCGCGCGGUCAAUGGCAUUGGGACAGGUGUUCUGAACGCUAUCGUUCCGGUCUGGGCCACUGAGACUGCCGAGCACACAUCCAGGGGCCAGUUCGUUGCCAUCGAGUUCACGCUCAACAUCUUCGGUGUCGUGGUUGCCUACUGGCUCGAGUUCGGCCUGUCAUACGUCGACAAUGGUAACUCGGCGAUCCGGUGGAGGUUUCCAAUCGCAUUCCAGAUCAUCCCGCUCCUCUUCCUGCUAGGCAUCGUCUGGUUCUUUCCAGAAUCGCCCCGCUGGCUCGUCAAGGUCGGCAGAAACGACGAAGCGCAGUACAUACUCCGCCGCCUGCGCGGAUCCACGGGCGACGAUGCCACGAGAGCCGAGCUGGAAUUCCAGGACAUUCGGAACAUCGUUGAGCUUGAGUCUCGCGAAUCCCAAAAGAACUCGUACUACCACAUGCUCUUUGGUAUCGGGUCGGGCGAACUGCACACCGGACGGCGGGUGCAGCUGGUCAUCUGGCUUCAGAUCAUCCAGGAAUGGGUUGGCAUUGCUGGGGUCACCGUCUACGCGCCCACCAUCUUCCGCAUCGCUGGUUUCGACACGGUCAAGAGCCAGUGGAUAAGCGGGCUCAACAACAUCUUCUAUAUGUUCGCAACGCUCAUCUGUGUCUUCACACUAGAUCACAUCGGCCGUCGCUGGACUCUGUGGUGGGGGGCCGCUGGGCAAGGGAUAGCCAUGUUCCUCGCCGGCGCCUUCUCUCAGCUUGGUCAGGAAGCCAGGAAUAGUGGCGAUCUGAGCAAGGCAAACUCGUACGGCGCUGCGGCAGCUUCGUUCGUCUUCAUAUUCACGAGUGUCUUUGGCGCAACGUGGUUGACCGUCCCCUGGCUUUACCCAGCAGAGAUAUUCCCUCUUCAGGUUCGUGCCAAGGGCAAUGCCUGGGGUGUGGUCGGCUGGAGUAUUGGGAACGGAUGGCUUACGCUUCUGUGCCCUGUGAUGUUCUCGAACAUUGGUGCAACUACACUGCACAUCUUUGGCGCAUGCAACGUGAUUGCCAUCCCAAUUGUCUGGGCUUUCUACCCCGAGAGCAAUCAGCGAACCUUGGAAGAGAUGGACUUGUUGUUCGCGGGCCGUAGCCCUUGGGUGUGGGAUGCCGAGCGGACGUUUGCGAGGCUCAAGGCAGAGAAUCCCGAGCUUGUGCAGGCGGCGAAAAGGGGCGAACAUGUCGUCGACCCCGAGGCCGGUGUUCUGGAGAAGCCCGUGCCGGAAAAUGUGCACAAGGAGAAGAGCGAUGGAAAGACGUCACUGUAG